AGUUCUUUCUGGCAUUUCUUGGACUAUUUCCUUCGCCUGUUUACCAUAUUCUUGGAUCAACUGAUUUCAACUGUCACCUUUUCCUCUCCUUUCUUGCCUAUAAAUACUUCGAGAAAUGGGUUCUUCAUCAUAUGAUAACUGAAGCUAUUGAGCAUUCCUUAGUUCCCCAUCCUGAAUUGCACAAACCAAACUUUGUUUUAAGUCCUGAAUUCACUAGGCCUCGGUAUUACAACUAGCCAAAGCCUCAUGGGUUCCCACAGCUUGAGCCUUUCAACUGUCAGCAAUGGCACCGCCACGCCAAGGUCUCCUCCUUCCCUUGGAAGGAUGGUUACAGUGCUAAGCAUAGAUGGUGGGGGAGUGAGAGGCAUCAUCCCUGGAACUAUCCUUGCCUUCCUCGAAUCCAAGCUUCAGGAGCUUGAUGGAGAGGAUGUGAGAAUUGCAGAUUACUUUGAUGUUGUUGCUGGAACAAGCACUGGUGGGUUGGUGACCGCCAUGCUCGCUGCUCCAGAUGAGAAUAAUCGUCCUCUCUUCGCAGCGAAGGAAAUCAAUGACUUCUACCUUGAAAAUUGUCCAAAGAUUUUUCCUAAGAAUGGCAAUGGAAUUUUGGGAUCAGUGAAGAGCUUAUUGGGUAGCAUCGCGGGACCAAAGUACGAUGGCAAGUAUCUACACUCCAAAGUCAAGCAAUUGCUUGGUGGGAUUAGGCUCCAUCAGACUUUAACAAAUAUAGUUAUUCCCACUUUUGACAUCAAGCUUCUCCAGCCUACCAUCUUCUCCACCUUUGAGACUAAGAAGGAAGUUUCAAAGGAUGCUCUUCUGUCAGAUAUAUGCAUAAGUACUUCUGCGGCCCCGACAUAUCUUCCUGCACACUAUUUUCAAACCAAAGACUUCAACAGGAAGUCCCGAAGCUUUAAUCUCAUUGACGGAGGGAUUGCUGCAAAUAAUCCAACAUUAUUGGCCUUGAAUGAAGUUACGAAAGAAAGUUUCAAACAAAAUGAUGACUUCUUUCCAAUUAAGCCAGCCGACUAUGGAAAAUUUCUGGUUCUCUCUUUGGGGACUGGAUCAGCCAAGCAAGAAAAGAAAUUUAACGCAUCCAUGGCGUCCAAGUGGGGUGUGCUUGGAUGGCUAUACAACAGUGGCAUGACACCAUUGAUUGAUAGUUUUAGUCAAGCUAGUUCUGAUAUGGUGGACAUCCAUGCCUCCGUCAUAUUCCAAGCAUUGCAUUGUGAGAGCAACUACCUUCGGAUACAGGAUGAUACUUUGAUUGGCGACACGGCAUCUGUAGAUGUAUCUUCCAAGGAGAAUUUGUUGAAGCUUGUUCAAAUUGGCAAAGAACUGCUAAAGAAACCAGUAUCGAGGGUGAACUUAGAAUCUGGCAUGUAUGAAGCAGUACAAAUGGCAGGGACAAAUGAAGAAGAACUCAUCCGUUUCGCCAAGAUGCUUUCUAGUGAAAGACAACUCAGGCUUGGGAAGAUGCAUUUGAAUUGACAAUAUCGGCAGGGUGCCAAACAAGAGAUCGUGAAUUAAUUAUCUCCAGCUAUGCAAUGCAACUAUUCUUUUAUUCUUUAUUUUCUGGUACAAAAUGUUUUUUGUUCUUUUAUUAUGAGCAGUGGCAUUUCUAAAAAUAGUGAUCUUUAAAUAACAUUGUUGUGCUAAAAG